GUUUCCGAGUUUGAUACCCGCUAGUAGAACCAAGGAGUUUUCUCUAAUUCCUUGACUAGAACACGGAAGUAGAUUUGAAGACGACGCUUCUUGUGUGGGGUCAAGACAUACUGACUGAGCUGAAUAAGUUACUAAACUGAAAAUGUCUAAACUACAGUCGUUGUGUGUGUUUUUAAAUGAGCGUUUAUCGGCGGCUGCUGUAGAGAUUUUCGGUGCAGUUGAGAAAACGGUAGUGGAGUACCAGGAGGAGAAUGAUCGGCUACGGAGACUGCUGCGGAUCACACCGGAGAUACAACUAUGUAGAAGAGACUCCCUGCAGCUCUCUGUCUCUGAAGAGGAGGUUCACCCUGAGCAGCAGCACUGUGAGCAGGAGUGGAGCCCCAGUCUGGGGCAGAAGGACCCAGAGACCAAACAGAUUAAAGAGGAACAGGAGGAAGUCAGGACCAGUCAGGAGGAAGAGCAGCUUCAAGGGCUCUUUGAUACUAAAGCCUCCAUAUCCACUACUUCCUGUGUGAAAAGUGAAUGUGAUCUGGAGAACCCAUGUCAAGAAGCCGUACUAGCUGAACACCCAACUCUCAGUCCACUGAAAACGUCUAAACUACAGUUGUUGAGUGUGUUGUUAAAUGAAUGUUUAACGGCAUCUGCUGCUGUGGAGAUUUUUGGUGCGAUUGAGGAAACAGUAGCAGAGUACCAGGAGGAGAAUGAUCGGCUACGGAGACUGCUGCGGAGGACACCAGAGAUACAACUAUGUAGAAUAGAAUCCCUGCAGCUCUCUGUCUCUGAAGAGGAGGUUCCCCCUGAGCAGCAGCACUGUGAGCAGGAGUGGAGCCCCAGUCUGGAGCAGGAGGACCCAGAGACCACACAGAUUAAAGAGGAAGACGAGGAUCUCAGGACCAGUCAGGAGGAAGAGCAGCUUCAAGGGCUCUUUGAUACCAAAGACUCCAUAUUCACUCCUUCCUGUGUGAAAAGUGAAUGUGAUCAGGAGGACCCACUUCAGUCCUUGACUCUUCCCCAAACCCAGACUGUGGAAAACAGAGAGAGAGACUCUAAACCAGUGGAUAUCAAACCUUUUCUCACUGUGACCCACAUUAAGGGUCUCAACAUUCCCUGUGACCCUCCAGGUAAUCAAAACAAUGCCUUCAGCCACAGUUCAGCUGUAAGCAGAAACCCAGUAGGACUUGACAGCAGCCCACCAUUGGAUCUGAACACACCAAUGGGGGAACUCUGCACCUGCCCCUUUUGUGGCAAGACCUUCAAACAAAAAGGACACCUGUCCAUGCACAUGAGGAUUCACACAGGAGAGAAGCCAUUUAGCUGUGGUGACUGCGGGAAGAGCUUUAUUCAGAAGGGGGACCUAAGGAGACAUAUCCUGACUCACACAGGAGAGAAACCAUUCAGCUGUAAUUUUUGCUGUAAAAGCUUCAGUCAAAAGGGGGACCUAAGGAGACAUAUCCUGACUCACACAGGAGAGAAACCACAUGGCUGCUCCGUCUGUGGUAGAACGUUCAUUCGUAAGGCUCAUCUGCUGAAGCAUCUGGAUAACGUCCACAAAGAAAGAAAACUGGAUGGAAACUAAUUAGGACAAAGAUCUAUUGUCAGACGAUGGGAAUAACAGGCAGGAUGUGGUUAACACUCUUAGGAAAGCCAAUCAAUACUCUGGAUCAUUUCAGGGUUUCAGAUAAAUAGAUGCGUGAUCAAGUUAUGUUUUUCAACAUUCUAUGUAAAUAAAGUUUGAUUUGAUUCGAAUGAUGAUGUAAUGAUUGAACAUUGCACAGUAUUGUAGGAUGCUCGCCGGUCUGCUGUUCAGUCUGAUGAUGUUUUCACGUUAUUAGAAACAGGAAUUCGUGGUUCUUUGAUUUAAGAAUGUCUCCCAGGUGUUGAGAGAAUGGUCUGACUGAUGUUAUUUAGACAUCCCACUGUUGGCAUCCCACUACUGGCAUCCCACUGUUGGCAUCCUACUACUGGCAUCCCACUACUGGCAUCCCACUGUUGGCAUCCUACUACUGGCAUCCCACUACUGGCAUCCCACUACUGGCAUCCCACUGUUGGCAUCUCACUACUGGCAUCCUACUACUGGCAUCCCACUACUGGCAUCCUACUGUUGGCAUCCCACUGUUGGCAUCCCACUGUUUGCAUCCCACUACUGGCAUCCCACUACUGGCAUCCCACUACUGGCAUCCUACUGUUGGCAUCCCACUACUGGCAUCCUACUGUUGGCAUCCCACUACUGGCAUCCCACUACUGGCAUCCUACUACUGGCAUCCCACUGUUGGCAUCCUACUACUGGCUUGCCUCUGAAGCUAAGUAGGGUUUGUCCUGGAUGGGAGACCAGGUGCUGCAGGAAGUGAUGAUGGAGGGCCAGUAGGAUGCACCCUUUCCUCUGGUCUAAAAAAUUAUCCCAAUCCCCCAGGACACUGCCCUGUGUAGGGUGCUGUCUUUCGGAUGGGAAGUUAAACGGGUGUCCUGACUCUCUGUGGUCACUAAAAGAUCCCA